AUCGAUAACACUUUGGCUUUGACACAGGACAGCAGCACACACAAUAUUGUAGUGAAAUGGUUUCAACAAUAAUGUUGAUUUAAAGUACAGACAUUUAACAGUAUUAUAUAUUAAUUAAUAUUUUUUGCACGUUACCACGGAGACAGAAGUUCCCAGCAGCGGCCCUAACACUCCGCCUGGAAUUCUUCGAAGCCUGCUGGUGUUUGACAUAAGUCCCCUGGGAGAGAUAAAGACAUAUGUCAUUCAGUGACACCACCAUUUUCAGGAGAUUUGGAUUCUAUCGAUCGCUGUUAAUGACGUAAGAGGAAAUGACUAUACACAGAUCAAGAUUUCUUCAUCAAGAUGGAGAACGUGAAUGCAAAGAACGUUGAGGAGGUCAAAUUGCUGGAAGACCAAAUCAAGCAUCUCCAGGCUGAAGUUGCAAACCUGCAAGAGCAGCAGAAGAACCACAGAGACCACACUUUAUAUUUCAGUGAACAAAUGCAACAGGCCCUGUCACAUGUGCGUGGCCAGACGCCGCCAGGAAGCGCAGAGGAGGUCAUGUCCUGUCUUAAGAAGGAGGUGGAGCAGCUGGAGGAGGAUCUGCAGCGCCAGAGCCAGAUGAAUGGCAUCAAUCUCAACAGCUGCACCACACACUCACUGGAAAGAAGUAGUACAAAGUUGGUCCAACAGAUGUGCAUUUCUGGUCAUUGCUCGGGGUUGGAGUUCCAGAUUGAGUUUCAGAUCUCAGAGGUCAAGGAGGGUGACCAAUCAGAGAAAACUAUAAAGAGUCUGAAUGUGGUGAUGGACGCCAGUGACCUCGCGAACUUCAGCAGCUUUCUCUCUGGGGUGAAGGAGAACAGUGACCUCCUGCUUUUCUUCAGUACUCUCAGGACUUUCUCGGACAGAAUUGACGAGCGACGGAGGACCUUCCAGCACUUUCAGGCCAAAUAUCCCACACUUGUCUCCCUUCCUGAAGGCCACGGUUCAGAGGUCAUGACCCUGCACCAUCCUGAGCUUCCAGGCUGCAUGUUACUAGUUGACUGGCCAGUGGAGGUGUCCAAGGAGGGCGGGGUCACGUCAAAAGUCCACCUGCUGACAAAGAUCCCAGAUAGAGCCCAGCAGCUGUUCCCCUCUGAAGCGCUAGGUGGCGCCGGCGAGGCCUUCCACAGCCUGCUGAGGCUGCUGGGACCCGAGGCGGCGUUGGAGUGCAUCAUCAGGGAGGUCGGCCUCCUCCAGGGCUCCUAACUCCAGCAGCAUCUUGGAAGUGACCAGAAGCUCCACCACGACGCUUUAAGUCUCUUACAAAGUCUUUAUUCAGUAGAAAGUCUGACUGACAGCAGAGCUCAUUGGUUAAAAUCUACAAAAAUAAAUAAUU